CUUUCUGCCACAUUUCUCAAACCUCACACACAAACACAAACACACAACACAACAAAACUAAAAAAUGGAUUGUAAAAACGUUCUCUCACUCGCAUUGAUCUGCAUUGUCUUCGCCGGCGUCGGAGGUCAAUCUCCGUCGUCAGCUCCGACUACAUCACCACCUACCGUCACCACUCCUUCUGCUGCUCCCGUCGCAGCACCUACCAAACCAAAAUCACCCGCUCCAGUCGCUUCUCCAAAAUCAUCACCACCAGCUUCAUCUCCCACUGCUGCAACUGUAACUCCGGCUGUUUCUCCAGCUGCUCCAGUUCCGGUUGCUAAAUCUCCAGCUGCAUCAUCACCAGUCGUUGCUCCAGUGAGUACACCACCAAAACCAGCUCCAGUGAGUUCACCACCAGCACCAGUUCCAGUGAGUUCUCCACCAACACCGGUGCCAGUGAGUUCACCACCGACAGCUUCUACACCUGCAGUAACACCAAGCGCUGAGGUUCCCGCUGCAGCUCCAAGCAAAUCAAAGAAGAAAACAAAGAAAGGUAAGAAACACAGUGCACCAGCACCUUCACCGGCAUUGGAAGGACCUCCUGCACCUCCGGUUGGUGCUCCUGGACCUAGUCUCGAUGCUUCUUCUCCCGGUCCAGCAUCUGCUGCCGACGAGAGUGGAGCAGAAACAAUCAGAUGCUUGCAGAAGGUGAUAGGAUCCUUGGCAUUGGGCUUGGCUAGCCUUGUUUUUAUGUUCUAGAGAAGAGAUUUCCUUGUUAUUGUUACCACGAUAUAUUCAUAUGUAUCAUUUAUUUUCUUUUUUUGGUCCUGUCUUGGGCUAACAUUAAAUUUAUUUGCCAUUGUUUUUUUAAACUCUUAUUAUUCUAUUACAUAUUGGUGAUGUUUUUGCCAUUAUUUUACA